GUGGUCACAGUCACCCACUAAGCCCCCUCGAGUGCACUCCGGUAGCCCUUUCCUCUCUCGCUGCUCUCGAUGUAGCUUCAGCCGCAGGCAGCACCAUGCCGUGCACUUUUUCCUACAAACCCCCGUGCUGCCCCGAGGCCCCCGGCUGGCAUGCAACCUGCAGCCCGCUGCUCUCCUACCGGACCCACCGCAGGGCCUCGGGAACCAAUGUUGCUGCCAUUGACAAUAAAAUUGAACAGGCAAUGGACCUGGUGAAAAGCCAUCUGAUGUACGCAGUGCGGGAAGAGGUGGAGGUGUUGAAGGAGCAGAUCAAGGAGCUGUUUGAGAGGAACUCUGUGCUGGAGAAGGAGAACGCUGUGUUGAAAUCUCUGGCCAACAGCGAGCAGCUGUCUCAGCUGCCCGCACAGCCGGCCCCCAGCUCCAGCACCACCCCCCCCCACCAAGGACUCAGCCAGCCUCAGCAGCAAGCCCAGCCUCCGCUUCAAGUUCAGCCUCAGCAGCCCCAGCCGCAGCUCCACCCCAAACCCCAGCCGCUCCAGACUCCGCUCGACCCCAGCCAACCGCAGCCCAACGUCACCUCGGCUUGAAGUGCAUCCGAAAAGAAAAAAAUCUAUUGCAUCUAGUUUAUGUGAAAUUAAAAAAGAAGAUAAAAAAACAAAACAUUGUCUUCUUAGCCACCAGCUUGACCACAAAGUGGUGUGUGUGUGUGUGUGUGUGUGUGUACCUCAUUGAGUGUCUGUGCGUGUGUGUGUGUGUGUGUGUGUGUGUGUGUGUGUGUGUGUGUGUGUGUGUGUGUGUUUUGUGGGCCUUUUCCAGUGUUAAUGCAAUCAUCGAGAGACAGAGAAAGUGUGUGUGGGGGGGGGGUAGAAGAGGGUGUUUGGUUUCAUCUUGGCUGUGUUCCCGCGGAGCCUACUGGGGAGCUCGUGGACAGGAUGUCUUCUCCAGACUGGCCCGUGACCUCAGCAGGGGUGUCGGACAAAGAGGGGGGGCUUCACCUCACAUAAGGGACAAACGGGAGUGGUUGUCAAAAAGAGCGAUUAUUUUUUUAAAUGACAUAUGAGUGGGUAACGGGGGUAUUUUUAGCCUUGCUGUUUCAUGUUGUACAGUAAGAAAUGGGAAAGAGUUUCUUGGAGCGCACCACCGCUGCCACCACCUUUACAUCAACCUUUGCAUCUUUCAUGUCUUUAUUUAUUACAGGGCUGCUAUUCUCACGCCUAAACAAUAUCACGAACCUGUCCAACAGUAGCCCGGUGUCUCGUUUCCACUUUCUUCUUCAGUGUUUCAAUAGAUCGGCCAUACUUUCAAAAUAUUGAUGCUUUACGUUUGUUGAAAACGUAAGCGUAAAACAAAUCUGACAAAUGUUUAACACUAACUCAAAUCAGCAGAUUCAGUAUGUACGGAAGAGGAUUAGGGCCACAUUUGAUAUUGUUUUGCGAUCUGACAAAAGUUCUAAAAUAAUUUAGUUCUGGGAAGUCAGGAUUCUGAGAUUUUGUGGGGGAAUUCUCUGAAAAAAAAAUAGGAAUUCUGACUUUAAUUUCAUGAUUCUAAGAAAAAGUCAUAUUUCUGAGAAAUAUAUUUGGAAUUUUGAGGAAGUGAGAAUUGUGGAAAAAUAUAUGUUAUUCUGAGAAAAAAAAAGUAUAAUUCUCAAUGUAUUCUCAUAAAUCUGAUAAGUCAGAAUUCUGACUUUAAUUAUAGAAUUCUGAGGAAAAAUAGUAAUUGUUCUGAUUUUUAUUUCAAAUUCUGAAAAAAAGUCUUAAGUUUUUUUUCUUCUCAGAAUAAAAAUAAAUAAAUCACUUGGUCGAAUCUCAAACACAUUCACAGUGCCCAUAACCCUUUUCCGCAACUAUGAAUGUACAUUUUUGUCAAAUAUAAAGUAUUAAGAGCCUUGACGGGUGUCUCUUCACCCGUCAACAUCAAAUCGUAACGUGAGCCUGCAGAAAGGUAUUUGAAGAUAUCAUUCUGUUAUCUAAAAAGGAAUUAGUAUUGCCAUCACCCCCACCUUCAUGCUUUUUUUUUUUCCUCCCAAUGUUUAUCUUGAGGGGGGGGGGGAAGCUGUGAAAAUCAUUCAACCUACUUUGUAACCAAAGAUGCAAAGCUGUGUAAAGAAAUUGAUUAUUUUUAAAUGCACACAUGUAUUUCUUUUUUUAAUUACUUCCUCCUUCACACGAUAUUUUGUUGCUGUCAGCAUGUUCUGCAUGAUCUGUAAUCUUCAAACCACUUUCUUACCUCAUUUUUAUUCAGCACUCUUAUUGUAAGAUAGUCUGUGAACAGUGUAAAUGGGAGAAGGGGGGGGGAUGAUGCGGAGCAGAGAAAAAUAACCUAGUGUUACUGACACUAGUCACAGAAAAAUGAAGUGAGCCAUGUUUUGUUCAUUUAAAUGGUGUUUGAGAUUCACAUGCCAAUAGUUUUGUUACGUUGCAAAUUUUAAUGUAUUUAAAUAAAAGCAAUAUUCAGAUUCCA